ACAGUCAGCUGAGAUGGUCUGUUGGUCACAAACAGACACAUUAAGAGAGAAAGUGAUUCAGCGUUUUAGUCAUUUCGAACUCGUCUCUAGAACAGACAUGUCUGAGAACAUUUACAGCAAUGAGAUGAGCAUCGAGGAGCUGAACAGUGGAGAUAAAGUGGAGAUGAUGGUGGAGAUCUACGAGAGCACAGACACUAUUAGAGACCAUGACCACAACACAGAGGUGAAGGGUGGUGAACCAGAGGAAACCAAACUAAAGAGGAAGCCGCAAACAGAACAGGGAGGAGAUACCCAUACAGCAGAGAGCAGGCGAUACAGACUGGCUGCAGUGGGUUUGGUUCUGCUGUGUGUUCUCCUGCUGUUGACCAUCAUACUGCUGUGCAUUAGGCUCAACAACCUGACUGGAGAGAGAAACCAGUUACAGGCCAGCUACACCAGCAUGACUGCCGACAGAGACCAGCUACAGACCAACUACACCAACAUGACUGCAGAGAGAGAUCAAAAUAUAAAAUGGCUUUCAGCAAUGGUUAACUACACCCUGCAGGAGUGGUGGGUCUUCAACACCAGCCUUUACUAUGUCUCUACUCUGAAGAAGAGCUGGACUGAGAGCAGAAACGACUGCAGACAGAGAGGAGCAGAUCUGGUGAUCAUCAACAGCAGAGAAGAACAGGAGUUCAUUAAAAAGCUGAACAACAACAAAGUCUGGAUUGGUCUGAAUAAAACAGAGGGGGUCUGGAAAUGGGUGGACGGAUCAGAACUGAUCACUGGGUUCUGGUACUAUGGAAAACCCAACAAUUACAGAGAUGAGGACUGUGUUAUAACUGGUUAUGUGUUUGAUACUGACAAGAACUGGUUUCAGUAUUCCUGUAGUGCCCCUUAUUUUGGGAUCUGUGAGAGAAGCAUAUUUAACUGAGUUAGUAAAUGUGUGGACCAAAACCACCGCACCGAGACCCACAAGAGGAGGUGUGAUCCGACCUCAAUAUCCCCCAACUGUUAAAUAUACUCCUCAGUUUGAUCUAAUCGGCUGUUCAGGUGCAGUUUAACCUGAUUUGUUACUUAAUGCCAUUUCUGCUGCUGCUCAAUGCUAAGCUGUUUUCAGCCUGGAAGCAGUCUGUUUACUUUCUUGUUCUGUCCCAGACAGCUCUGACCAAUAAUCUGAGACGACGUGCUUGUUUGGUUUAUUGUGAUGUGUUUUGUUGCACCUGCUUUUUUUCUUGUGUGAAAACAAACCAAACCAAUGGGGAAAAUGCGUUAAAACAGCCUUAGUGUAUGAAUCUGAGAUGUAGUGGUACCAUAUUCGUUUUAUAUAUACAUUGUACAAGCCUGCAUUUUAUUAAACUAAAAGAAAAGCGUGUUCAAACAUCCAAAACUGAUUUUCUAUUUAGGGUUUUUUCAAUUGCUCUUCUUCUUCUUUUUUUUUUUUAGAAUUUUGGGUUUUAAUCUCAUCAUACUCUUAGAAUUAACCAAUAUUCACUAAAAACUAAUUUAAAAUGCUGUGUAAUCCAAGAAAAUUCUUAAUCCCCAUCUGUUAAACUUAACUUCGAAUCAUACCUAAUUCUUUCCCCUUUUAUGCAUCAUGGACUAAGGGACCUAUUUAAGCUCUUACAGAGUAUAUAAGAUUGCAGGUUGAAUUAGCAUAUUAUGGGAUUGGGCCCAAUGGGGCAUUGGUUGGGUAUGUAAAGAUUAAUUUCUAAAUGUUUAUGUUUAUGUAUUUUUUAUUUAAUGCAUUUACAAAUGAACAAAUAAAGUGUGCAGAAAUUCAGCAUUGUUGAUUGUUGUUGAUUUCAUAAAAA